AUGCAUGAGGUUGGGAGUGAGGUGUGGAGUCGACUGGACUCGUUCGGGAAAAUUAAGCUUGGCCUUAUUGCCUUUGAAGCGAAGGGCAGCCUCGUCAUAAGCCAUGGCGGCUGCCUCGGCAGAGUCAAAAGUGCCGAGCCAUACACGAGCCGCCUUCUUCGGGUCGCGAAUCUCAGCUGCCCACUUGCCCCAAGGCCUCUGCCGAACCCCUCGAUAGCAAGUGAUGACUAUGAUGCUGAGGUGGCGCGGGAGCUAUUGGUGGAGUUUGAUCGGGAGUGUGGCCGAGGACUUGAGAGAGAGCGGUGA